AAUUUUGACAAAAAAAAUUAAAAAUUUUGACAUAUCAAUGUUCCCAAGCGUUGGUGCAUCUACCUGUAUUCUUUCACCAUGGCAUGGCCCAAAUAUAAGGUCCCUCUGCCAAGCCAGCUGACUACCAAAUGUAAUAUCAAAAUGCAUUAUUGUGAUUGAAAUCCCAGAACAAAAGAUAAACAAUAGCCAAAAAAGUGAAAAAAAAUCUUCUCAUUUUAUAUGGUUUUUAAAAUUUGUGGGAACACAUUGUUUUUUUCCGCAAUGGAACAGAGCUAAUAUGUGCAAAUUGUAUAGGGGCUGCGUUCUUCUUCUUUCUCCGGUAUUGAAACAGCUGUUUGCAUUCCAUUUCACCCUCUUUCUAUACACACGGCGUGUUGCCUCUUGCCUUACCUCUUCACACGUGUUCCAUUCGUUUUACUUGUUUACAUUUAUUUUAAAAAAAUCACUAGCGAACAUAAAAUAAAAUGCAUUGUGACAAAGACAUCUCUAUGGAGAACAGCCAAAUCUCAAACGAUCCAUUGGAAUCAUUUUCUCAGGACAGCACAAAACGGCGCACUGUUGUUGGACCAUGGAGAAAUGUUUCUGAAUUUAACAAAGUUUAUGAAUGGUUGUUUGGUGACAACUAUUCUGCGGAAACGCGACAGCAAGCGCUUUCCCAGAUACGUAUUUGGAAUCUGAGACGGAGUACACAAUGCCCAGCGGCAGUUUUGGCAACCGCUGUCAUUGUCGAAGUUCAACAAAAAGAUCAUCCCGAUUCAAUAUAUUCCGACGAUGAUUUACAAACUUUGUAUGCGAAUGCCUUUACACGCUUCUUCAAUUUUAUGUCAUCCAUAAUGCAAACCCACAAUAUGCGAACAAUGUACCAGACGGCAAAAGAAUUGGGUCUCGAAUCAUUUGUUGUUGAUUUGCGGCACAUAUGUGCCCACGGUCAGGUGUUGCCUCCUCUCCAGGUGCUAAGAAAUACCGCAGAGUAUUGCAUUGUUUGGCUGCACGAUUAUUACUGGAGGACGCAGUUGGAGAGUAUGCGUGACGUAGAUGCCACGCGGAUAAGGCGCAAAGAUAGAACCGAACUUGAUGAUAAGGUGUCAACACUAUGUGACAUUUUUGAUGCCGCUUUGGAGGGUCAUAUGAAAGGUGCAAUCAAUAUUAAGACAUUGAAACGACACAUGCAUGGAAAACGUUUUCACAACCUAAAAGAGUACUAUCAAAAGUACAAUUUUGAGAAACUACAAGACAUUUUUGAUCACAUUGCACAAGAGUUAUAUGGCUUGGUUAAACGUGAUAUUGUCAUAAAAGAUGUUGCGACAAUCUAUGUAGGAGCUUUGUUGAGAAUGCGCUACUUUUUCUCUGUAUCAGGCAUUGAGGAUUCUUCGGCGGAAAUGGAAUCUUUAAUUACAGCCAAUCAAACUCUAUUUCGAAUGUUGGCAAUAAAUGGUUUCCUCGAUGAUUUUUUCUAUGCCUUAAUCGAUAUUGCCGAAAGUCCUAUUGUGGAGGCCACGAAACGUGCUUCGGCAAGUUUUUGGGCUGUACAGAUACUCAAAGGAUUUAAGGCGUUCCGCCAGUGUAAACAAAUGUAUAAGGCCGAAAUGGAUGAGAAUACCAAUAUAAAGGAACCAACAUUUUCUUUGAAUAACCUUAAGGAAAUAUCUGAGGGUACCCGAGAAUUGUAUAUUUAUAGUGGUGUUGGUAUGAAGAAAACCCUAUUAUUCGGUGAUCAUUUUCGACGACCCUGGGUGUGGGUAUUCGAAAGAGAUUUUCUCGAGGAACGUCUUGAAGCUGCCAAUGAAUAUACUGCACCCAUAUUAAAAGGAAUAUUGCCCCUCAUAGUUCCGGCAUUAAGUGCCACUGAAAUGCAAACAUUCACCGAAUUAAUUGAUUGCUAUUUUAAUGCAAACACCGAUGUUGGAAAUGAAAAAUCAAAGAAACAAAAUAAGGACAAUGUUAAUGUCUACACAGCUGAAGAUUUGUUAAAUCAACUAAAGAAGAAUAACAUAACAAAAAUGGAUAUCGAGACAGAUGAAGACCCAGAAUGUAGUGAAAAUUGUAAAACCUAUGGUUUGUGGACCGAAGUAGAAGAGGAUGACUGGAAAUCAAGCCCAUUGGGACGUGUGCCGUGGGAGCUGUGAAAAUAUAAUGUUAAUGCCAAAAACUUCUGUACUGAUAUUUUGUAAUGAUAUAAAUCGAGCAUUUAUUUUUAUGAUUAAAAUAUGAGAAAUAUUAUGUAUAAAUACAAAUAUUAUGUAUAAUAUAAAAUGUUUUAAAAAUCUAACAAAACAA